UUGUCCCCUGUUUUAGUCUCGGCGACAUCAAAGGUUGACAAUACCUCCCUGUAUCAUCAUACCUUACAGAUUGCUACUGAGGAAUCGUAAAACAAAUAAACCACCUUUGUUCCUAAGAUUGUUGACCUUCAUCGGUAUAAAACAGUGACUGAAUAAUAAAAAUGGAUUAUUCACGUCGGCAGAACAUUUUUUGCGUCAGACGGUCUUGGGAGAGUGAUUUUCCGGCAUUCAAGAAGCCAGAUGUCAUUGGAUAUUGGAGUGUUGAUGGAUCAAGAGCGAUGUGUUAUGAUGCAUCGCGUCUACAGUAUUAUGCCCCUCCACAAAUGAAAAAUGUCAGCUUUGAUUUGAAUCGAGGGAUUGAAAUGGUUCGUAGAAAGCCCGAGGAUCUUGAUGAAAGGAUUAAUCAUAUACUUGAAUGGAUCAAAUGGAAUUAUCGGAAAAUUCAGGCAACUCCAGAGUCUAAAAGAUGGCUUCAGCCAAAUUUCAUUUGUUACCGUGGCUUGCUUACAAAAAUCAUGAAAACAAUUUAUGAGAAUCGAGAAGGCUGGAUAAUUUGUGCUUCAAAAUGGAGAGGUAAUAUUUAUCUCUGCGCUUUCGAUACCGAAGAGGAUAAGGUGGCCAAAGCCAAUGAAACACCUAAGCAAAAACAAAUGUCAUCAUGGGGAUUCAAAUUCGAACAUUAUAUUCUGGCAGAUACACCAGGUGGUUCACCAGAUGCUUCCCGACCGGUCAAUGAGUGUGAGGAGUUUUGUUGCGUAUUCCAAACUAAACUAAGGCAACAUACGUUACUUUACGGAGCUGAGAUGGAUGGGGUAUGCUCGAAUGAAAAACUGGAAGAGCCCCUGCCACUUGAGGGAUUGAAAUUCAUCGAAUUGAAGACCAGUAGAAUCAUCGAGAAUGAUCGUCAGUUAAUGUCAUGGAAGAAAUAUAAACUCUUAAGAUGGUGGUGUCAGAGUUUUCUCGUUGGAAUUCAGAACAUCAUGUGUGGAUUCAGAGACGACGCCGGAGUGGUCAGAGAAUUACAAAAUUACAACAUUUCCGAUUUUGCACGUGAUUGCAAGAGGUAUUGGAAAGCUUCCUCAGCGAUGAACUUCUGUGAGCAGUUUUUACGCUAUGUUGCCAGUACUGUGAUGAACGAUUGUGACCGAACAAUUUAUAAAUUUGAAAGAGUUCCUGGUGGUGAUAUUGUUAUGACUGAACUCCCUCCAACAUCAGAUUAUGCAUUUUUACCACCUUGGUAUAUGGCUAUUCCUAGGGGAAAAUAAAAACGCAUGGAAGAAGAUGUUUAAGCAUUUUUUAUAUUUCUUUACAGGUGAAUAUUUACGGUUAAUCGAAUUUUAAAGCUAAAGCCUUACAUAGAAUAAUUGGCGAUUUGUGAUACUUUUAUAAUGUGUAACAGUUGUAAAUACUAUCAGCAGUUUUCCAGAGGCAAUUUAGUUCAGCUGAAUCAAUCAGUCCAUUGGAAGAUAUGCCUUCGGAUAAGUGCAAAGUUUUAUUUACUAUUGUGAGUCAUUCAUAUUUGCCCAAUGAAUAGUCAAUUAUUCAAAACGGGUCGUUUAUUUUUUUUCAUCAAUAUCAUCCUUCAAAUUCGAGCACAAAGAUAUAUUUCAAGUUAAAGUGAUCGUAUAAAUAGAGUGAGUUUUGAAAACGCUACCCCAAAGGUCACCUGGGUAAUCUUCACACCGGAAUUCUAAUACUUAGUAUAAUACCACAAUGAAGGAAGACCGAUGAAAACUAUGGUGCCAUCAAUGCUCCCGAAGUGUCAAUUCGAUUUCGUUAACAAUUUUUUAUCU